GGUUAUGAUGUUGAAGGAGGUAGGAUAGAAAAUGAGAGAAAGAGAAAUAACAAUAGAGGCGUCUCCUUCCGUUUUUCAGCACUACCAACGUACCAACAAUUUAUUGCCUUUCACUAAUUUAUGUUACAAUUUUAUAUCUUACGUGCUUUCAAACUUCAUGAAACGUUUAUUUGUAUUUUUCAAUUUUAUUUAAUUUGUUUAAUGAUCCAAUAACAAUAUUAGUCUUGGCAAGUAAAAAUAAAUAAUUCGACAAUGAACAGCUGACAGCAGACAUAAAAAACAGCUGACACUGACUUGCUAAGGGGAAAAUUACUCAAAAUUUCUGUUUCAUCUAAUCAAAACAAUAGUCCGUAAAGAAACUAAACAUAAUCAAAUUUGCUAGUACUUUAAAUAGACCUGUUUUUAAUAGCCUUGAGUAAUCUAGUAUCUGUAUAAAAGGAUUUUAAAGGUGUUGUUUAUUAAUAUUUUCUGUGUUCUCUUAACUUAAAGUGCAUCCAAACUGCUAAGUCUUUUUUUGAAAAAUUAAAAGUUCUUAAGUGAGUUAGCCUAAAAUUAUUUGAUGCAAAAAUGUAAUAUGUCAGUUUUUCAUCGUGACUGAAAGUGAAUUUGUACGUUGUCAUUCAAGAACAGUGGUAUGUGUACCACCUGUGUAGAUUUUAGAAAACUUUCAAGUUGAAUUAAUUUUUAUUCAAUAAUUUCUUUCUGCUUUGAAUUUACCCUAUUAACAUAAUGGAUAGAUUAACUUUGAUAUCAGGAACAUUGUUUUUGGCUGCAGAUGUUUUCGCUAUCAUUAGUCUCGCCAUGCCUGAUUGGAUAAUAACAGACGUUGGUGGUGACACGCGGCUUGGACUGAUGUGGACAUGCAUGACUCUGCACAGUCGACCUCAGAUGUGCUUCACGCCCGACCUGCAGCCAGAGUGGCUGUGUGCCCUCGUCUGCAUAUUUGUGGGAUGCAUCUGCAUAACCACAACCAUCAUACUGCUGGCUUCAUCGCACUGGGAUCGUAACGUCGUACCCUAUGCUAGAUGGGUUGGCUUCACAGCAAUGGUGCUUUUCUGCCUGGCGGCAGUGAUAUUCCCGAUGGGCUUCCAUGUCGAUGAAAUAGGAGGUCAGCCCUAUCAGCUGCCGAGCAGUCACCAGGUCGGAGUCUCAUACAUACUCUUUGUUCUUGCUCUCUGGAUAACUGUGAUAUCUGAACUGUUUGCUGGCAAAGUCUGCUUGCCACACUUCUAAUUUUUAAAAGAAGCCUUUUGAUCGCCAUGUAAAUAUUUCUUACGGUAGUAAUCCAUCAUUUUAUAAGUGUUAUAAGAUUUGAAACUUGUUCAUUCCCAAGUGAUAAUAAACAGUAUUCUUUCGUUACAUAU